AUGAAGAAAGUGGAUAUACCCCGACCUAUAUUCAACAGAGGAGGGUUGGAUAAAUCCAAGUACUGUGCUUUCCAUGAUGGUCCCAGCCAUAAUACUGAUCAAUGUUGGGAUCUCCGGGAUACCGUGGAGAAAUUUGUUAGAGAUGGAAAGUUACGCCAGUACAUGAUUAAAACUCAAGGUUCCAAAAACAAAAGAAAGGUUGGAAACCGAAAAAGAAGUAAAAGUCUGGUGCCUGAGAAGAAAAAGAAAGAAGAUAGGAACCAUAAAGAUGAUUUCAAUAAUAAUGAGUUCCCAGAAGCAGAAUUUGACUGCAACGUAAUCAGUGGAGCUCUUGGUGGAGGAGGAGAUACUAUAAGUGCUAGACGAAAGUAUUUGAAAGAGGUAUUUUCAAUCCGGGAUCAUCCUAAAUUUAAAGAGGACCCCAGCAAACCGGACCCUCCUCUCUUAUGCUUCACGAAGGAAGAUAUGCACGGUGUUUUGCUAGGGCAUGUUGAUGGGCUAGUUGUUACUGGAACCCUGGUGAAUUGUCUGGUUAAAAAGAUCUUCAUAGACGCAGGAAGUAGUGCUGACAUUAUACUAUGGGGUGCUUUUAAAAAGAUGAACCUUGACGAGGAGGACCUCAAACCCUAA